GUUAAUCAAGAAAGGACAUUUUUCAUGGGCCUCGAGAGAGUCGGAAAAACAUCUACUAUCAAGUCAUUUUUAAGGAAUACGUAAGCUAAAUAUAUUCAGUGGUUGCUUUCGCUACGUUAGUUAACCAGUUGAAUUAGUUGAAGCCUUCAAUAAUGAUUUUUGAUUAACCUGUAAUUCAAAUAUUCUUUGUAUUAAAUUCAAUAAUCGACAACUUAAAUGAAUGUAUCAUUCAUUAAUAUCAAUCCAUUUCCACACAUUUAUUUAUAUAUUAAUUUAAAUAUGUACGUUCUGUACAGUAAUGUGUAUCUAUAUUAUGCUUUCUGUAGUAUCAAUAUCUUUAGAUUAAUCAUUUCAUUUUGCUUUAGAUUUGAUCCAAAUGAGGGUAUUACGGAUGCAAUUGCCAACACAAAGGUGUGUACUCAUGAAUUGCACAAUGAAUUGAAUUGGAAGGAAGCACCACCUGAUCAUUCUGGUGCCAAUGACAUGUAUGAAGCAAAAAUGGCAGAUUUCAUAGCGAAAAAAGUAUUAGAACAAGAAGCGGAGAAGAAUUUAGAAGUAACAAGACAAAGCGAGUCACCACCAGCUGAAAAAAAGAGGAAACAUAAUCAGGGACAAUCAUCAUCGAAUGUUGACGCCAGAAACCCGAAAAUGGAAUCAGAUACCAAAGGACAGACACAUACCCAUUCGAUGGAAGAGGUCCCCGAAACCAUCGCCACUAAAGCACAGGAGCGAAUAAAAGAACUCAAGUUCACAAGAGGAAAUGCGACGCAAGAAUGUCAAAAAUCUGGCAACGAUUUCAUUAUGAGUAUCUGGGACUUCGGAGGCCAGCCAAUAUAUCAUGUGAUACAACGAAUUUUUAUGGUAUCUUUUGCCAUUGUUUGUGUGGUAUUUAACCUGGAAGAUGAUCUUGAUGCCCCAGCUAAAGUCAGGGAUCCAACCACUGGUGAUAUAUACGAACAUCGGAUGACAAACCUUGAGUUCAUUCUGUACUGGAUUCGUUCAGUAUAUACAAACAGUAGGGAUUCAGAAUUGGAAGAUGGGCAACUUUCACCGCCAGUACUAGUAAUUGGUACGCACCUAGGCAGCCUCGAGGGGAAUGAAGAGGAAAAGAAAAGAAAGGUAAACAACUAUGUCAUACACCCAAACACCAAGUAAACGAUAAAACAGUAUAAAGUACGUAACAUAUCAUAAAUAUACCACAAACAAAAUAGAAGGUAAUAAGUUAGACCAAAUAAAUUAAAUGUGUACAAGUUAUAUAUGUGAUACUUACUUGACACUUGAUUGUGGUGGGAAAGGAUUAAGCCUCAGUGGCAUUUGUAAGCCC